ACAGUUGUCUUAUGGAUCCCUGUUCAUCUCGGCUAUAGGCUACGACCAUCAUUCUUACUUCUUAAGAAAAAUACAAAGCUACUCAACACAUAAUUAUUUUAUUUUAUUGUUUAUUUUCUGUUUCCUUUUAUCAAAUAUGAUAUGGAUGUUCUGUUGAAUCAAAAGUGAAGAUACAUAUACAUACUCGUAAAAGGACAUAACAGUUAAAACGUUCCGCUUUGAUUCACACCUGGAUAAAGCACGUGUUUACAGGUGAAAACUGUAUACCUAUGGUCAUUUAUAAACUUCUAAAGAUUAAGAAUAGUUUGUGAUUAUUGACAAAUGAUAAUGAGAGAAUAAGAAUCAUAAAAGGAUCCGUUUAAUGAAUAUAUAUCGACAUUAUGGAUUACUCAUCAAAUUUGUUUAGAGUACAACUAGUUAUUGUGAUUGUAUUGACAGUUAUUUUACAUAAUACAAAUGCUAAAAAUUCUUCACAAGCAUUUUAUGUACGGUUAAAAGAUGGAAAAACGACGAGUUCAGGGAGAGUAGAAAUUUCCAAAGAUAAAGCUAAUUGGGGAACAAUCUGUGAUGACUUCUGGGAUAAUGAUGCUGCUACAGUUGUAUGUCGACAGCUUGGAUUUACAUGGGGUAUAGGGCAUUCAUUAGCCCAUUUUGGUCAAGGCAAAGGUCAGAUCUAUUUAGAUGAAGUUAUUUGUAAAGGACAUGAGACAUCGCUGGACGAAUGUCUGACCAAUCCUUGGGGAGUACACAACUGCAACCACCAGGAAGAUGCUGGCGUCUCCUGUUUCAACGUUACUUCACAGUUGCGCUAUGCCAAAAAUCAACCAAAUGUUGGGCUGGUGGAAGUUAGUGGACCAAAGGGUUGGUCAGAGGUGUGUCAUCACAGAUGGAACGAUAUUGAUGCAGGCGUCGUUUGUCGAGAACUGGGUUAUGUCUCUGGUAAAGCAAUAACAAAUGCAACCAGAGGAUCUAUUGGAAUGUCUCUGGGAUUUUCUGAUGCCUUCUACAAAUUUAAUUGCUCAGGAAAAGAGAGUAGGUUGUUGAAUUGCUCUUUCUCCGACUAUUAUUGGCAGAGCUGUGUUGAAGGAAGUUUAGCUGGAGCUGUGUGCUAUGAAACAUCAUUAAGUAAUAUUGACAUGAAUUUUGAUGUAAGAAUUGUAGAUGGUGGGGAUGCAUGGGGUCGUGUUGAAGUAAAACACCUUGGCGUGUGGGGUCAUGCCUGCUCUUAUGAAUGGUCCAAUGUUGAAGCCUCAGUAGUUUGUCGGAGUAAAGGAUUCAUUGGUGGAGUAGUAUUUGGUACCAAACAUCAACCAGAUAAAGUUGCCUGGGUCAGUGGUUUGAAGUGCACAGGAAAGGAAACAUCUCUUUUCGACUGUAAAAGUUCUUCUUGGUUUCAUCCUGUUUUCUGGUGUCCUGCUGUCUCUGUGCUGUGUUAUAAAAAGGAAGCCCCUAGAAUGAGUAUUGUAGGAGGUGGCCAGACAGGACGUGUAGAGAUAACUUACGAUGGACAGAAAGGGUCAGUCUGUAAUAAAUACUGGUCUAAGACCAAUUCUAAAGUUCUGUGUAAAGAGAAGGGCUUUGCUGACGGAGAAACAACAAACUUAGGGAACGGUGGAACAGGAAAUAUCUUCCUCAGUGGUGUUAUAUGUACUGGAUUAGAGAAAUCCAUCCUGAUGUGUAACAAUUCAGGAUGGGGUGUGGCUGACAAUGAUUGUUCUAAUCAUAAAAGAGAUGUAGAAGUAUUGUGUUAUACAGAUGUCAGAUUAUUACAGUCCAUAAGACCUGACAAUGGUGUAGUAAAUAUCUUUGUCACCUCUGAACAAAGCUGGUUUGACAUCUGUCUGAGUGGAUUUGGAUUGUUUGAGUCACGGCUUGUUUGUAAGGAGCUAGGUUAUAAUAACGGAACAGUGUUGCCACAGGGAAGUUUUGGAAAAUACAACAAGUAUCCUUUAACACAGAUAAGCUGUAAAGGAACAGAAGAUUCUAUAUUUAAAUGUCAAUUCCAAACAAAAAAAGUUUGCAGUAACAAAUAUUUUGGAUAUGCAGCUGUCAGUUGUUUCAAUGGAAGUUCUGAUACAGUGGUAAAGGUCAACAUAGGAGGAUCGGAAUCAGAAGGUGGUGUACACAGUUUUGGUGUUGUUUCUGUCAGAGCCUUCAACACAUGGGGUCAAGUGUGUUCUUCCUUCUGGGACGACAAAGCAGCUAAUGUUCUGUGUAAGACAAAGAAGUUUGCAGGAGGGGUGGCUACUGUCUAUCACAAGCCUUCAUCUGUUCCUGUACUGGUGUCGGAGUACCAUUGCUUUGGGAAUGAAAGUGAUUUCUCCCAAUGUAAAGGAGAUACUGGUGUAUGUUAUAGUUCAUCAGUGGCAGGGGCCAUUUGUUAUAAUAGUUUUGCACCUCAUACAUUGUUGAGAGACGGAGGUGAUAACUACGGUAGAGUUAUUAUCCGUAUAGACGAGGAAAUAGGAUCUGUUUGUGACAAUAAAUGGGGUCAACAAGAGGCUACAGUAGUUUGUAGGAGUAUGGGAUAUAAUUCUGGAGAACCUAUGGCGGUAAAGCCUGGUAAUGAGCCUGCUUUCCUGUCUAACAUUUGGUGUACUGGAACUGAAACCUCACUAUUGGGAUGUUCUAGUUAUGGCUAUAGAGUUCUCAAUAUACCAGAUUGUAAAGAUCAUGUUGGGGUCUAUUGCUGGAAAAAUGUAAAACUGUUAGAGGGUAAGAAAGGAGCAGGUUACAUAACGGGAAGAGUAGAAGUUCUAAAUCAAAACAAAUGGUACAGUAUCUGUGCCACCAACUUUACCCAGGCUAGUGCUGAUGUGGUCUGUCGAGAUAUAGGCUUUGAUAAAGCUAGGAUUCUGGGACCUGGAUCAUUUGGAUUCCUCAAAUCCUUUGGUACUAUUUAUAAUAUGGACUGUAAAGGAUCUGAGUUGACCUUAGAUGAAUGUAAGAUGACGGUGACAACUAAAUGUAACUCUGUUACUGUUAACUAUGCUAGUCUACUGUGUAUAAAGAAUAGUGGCUUUGAACCUGAGAAGAAGUUUUAUAUAUCAGAUGGUUACCAUGGUUCUGUUUUGGCGGAGCAGUAUGGUAUGAAUGGUACAAUCUGUACUGAAGGCUGGGAUGACAAGGAUGCCAAUGCUUUCUGUCACAUGGUUGGUUAUAAAGGGGGUGUGGUCUUUGGCCCUCAAGAAGUGUAUUCUAGGUCAAUGCCAGUUUGGUAUACAAAUUUCAAUUGUACCGGAACAGAGUCUUCUCCAGCAGAAUGUGAUGCUAGUCCACAUGUAUCACUAGACUGUGUAAGGUCCAUUAAGAAUGCUGGUGUACUGUGUUACAAUUCUACAGGUGUAGAAAUUAAGCUUGUUGAUGGAAAGAAACACUAUGGUAGAGUAGAGAUUAGUUAUGAUGGAGUUUCUGGUACAGUAUGUGAUUACGACUGGAGCAAGUAUGAUGCCAGGGUUCUCUGUCAACAGCUGGGGUACCCUGAUGGUACUGCCUACAAAGGUUCUUAUCAUGGAUCAGGCUCUGGAAAUGUAUACCUAUCUGGAAUGUUCUGUGACAGUACUGAGUCUAGUUUACUGGAAUGUCCUAGUCGUGGAUGGGGUAAUGUCCAGUCCUAUUGUACUCAGCAUAUGACUGAUGCAGGAGUCACAUGUUCUAGAAGAGUGAAUACCAGUCCAGGAGAUGAUUAUGGUGCUCUCCAGAUUUGGUCGAACAAGGUCUACACAAUGGUCUGUUCUGAUAACUUUGAUGACAAUGAUGCCAAGGUAGCCUGUCGAGAUAUGGGAUAUGCUUAUGGGAAAAGUCUAUGUUGCUCAGCAUUUGGGUCACAUGAUUAUCAAAUAUCAAUAACGGGUCUACAGUGUCUUGGUAAUGAACCUACUCUGAAUGACUGUAAAGCUAUAGAUGGACUUCAGAGAUGUGCUAGUAAAAAAUAUGCCUCAGUUGUCUGUACUGACAAGGAACCAUCACAUAAAGGGUUUGAGCUCCGAUUUGAGAAUGGAACUUUUGGCAAGCUAUGGGUAGACUACUAUAACCAUGAGGGUUUGGUUUGUACAAAUGGCUACGACAGUAAUGAUGCUAUGGUUGCAUGUAGACAGAAAGGCUUUCUGGGAGGAUUUGGUUACAAAUAUCGCCAUGAUGUACUACCACAUGUACCUCGAUCACGGACUGAUGAUAUCAGAUGGUUAAACAACCUGAAUUGUACUGGAGCUGAGAGUAACUUAGACAAGUGUGGAACAUUAGCCUGGGGUCAGAUAGAUAAUUGUUCUAUCAGUAGUUCUGCUGCUGCAUUCUGUUAUAAAACUAAAGAGACUGCUGGCUUUGAGUUGAGAAUAACUGGUGGAAAGUCCAAAUCUGAAGGUCUUGUAGAGGUCAAAAUCAAUGGCACAUGGGGAAGUAUAUGUGGAUGGUAUAUGACAAACAAGGUUGCCACAGUGAUAUGUCGUCAGAGAGGAUUUAUGUAUGGUGUGUAUGUUGUCAACCAUUCCUAUGGCAACACCACUGGUCCCGUGUGGAUCAGUAGAGCCUACUGUCACGGUAAUGAGAGCAGUAUACUGGACUGUGAGUUAGUAGGUCUUGCUGAGAAACCAGACACAGCAUGUGCAGCACACGAGAAAGAUAUUGGGGUUAAAUGUUAUGCAAGUGUCAGAUUGUCUGGACUUGGACUGGCCAACUAUGGACAACUUCAGGUAUUUAAGAAAGAUUCCUGGUAUUCUGUUUGUGAUGAAAACUUCAAUGAUACUGAUGCUAAGGUGGCAUGCCAGUCAAUGGGAUAUACAGAUGGCAGGGCCCAGUGUUGUUCUGCUCAGGGAACAUGGCUGACUUCUCGUCCAAUAGGAAUUACUAAUGUCCAGUGUACUGGCAGAGAGAAGUUCAAUGAUUGUCCACAUGAAGAGGAUUCAUGUCCAUCAAAACAUUAUGUGUCUGUGGCUUGUACAGAUUCUGAUGCUACUAAAUAUUCUGUCCAUGUUACCAGGCCCAGUGGAUUAUUCUUUGGUAAUGUAGAGGUGCAGCGAUAUGGAAUCUGGGGAUCAAUCUGUGAUGUAGGAUGGGAUAAUGAUGAUGCACAAGUAGUCUGUCGGGAAUUAGGUUUUGCUGGUGGUAAUGCCACCAGGGGAACAGUCCUCAGACAUGUGCCUACAUUAUUUGGGCAUGUUAAUUGUACUGGUACAGAGAAGACAUUGCAUGGGUGUCCCAUGGCAACCUUCAGAGAGGACCAUCAAUGUAAUGAAAGAUCUUCUAGGGCUGCUAUUGUUUGCUCAAAGAAAGCAGAGGGUGUGCAGUUUAGAAUUGGUGAGGAAUAUGAAGGAAGUGGCAGAGCAGAGAUUUACUUAAAUGGUAGAUGGGGUACUGUUUGUAAUGUUUACUGGGAUGAUGUUGAUGCUGAGGUCUUCUGUCGACAGUUAGGUCCCUUUGUAGGAGGAGUUCAGACUAACCCUACAACAGUAGGCACUAAUGAUCAGGAUAUUUGGAUGACAAGGGUGGAGUGUAUGGGGAAUGAGACAAACUUCCUACAGUGUGAAGCUUCAUGGUAUCCUGCUCAGACACAAAGAUGUACACAUGGCAAUGAUGCUGGAGUUGUCUGUUUCAAAUCAGUGCGUUUAAUGAGAGGGAACUAUAGAAGUAAUGGUAUGGUUGAAGUAUAUCACAAGAACAAAGGCUGGAGUACAGUUUGUGCCAGUGGAUUUGGGGAAACAGAAGCAGAUGUCGCCUGUGGGAUUCUUGGCUAUGAACAUGGACUACCGCUAUGCUGCUCACCUUUUGGUUUUAGUUUCAUCACUCCAUUGUUUGGGAAGUUACAGUGUAAAGGAAAUGAGAAACAUCUAACAGAUUGUCCCAGUACUGGUAUAGUCUGUAACAGUCCACAGAAUUAUGCCUCACUUGCAUGUUAUAAUGGAACCCGUACACAAAAUUAUACACUAAGACUAGCUGGAGGAUCAAGUUAUACUGGUCAAGUCAACAUCACUUACCUUGGAAUAGAGGGGCGUAUCUGUAUUGACGGGUGGAAUGACAAGGCUGCCAGAGUUGUCUGUCAUGAACUCGGCUAUCCUGAUGGCAUGUCAUACUUCCAUUACAAAAGUGAUAUGGAUGCAGUAGGUCCCUAUUGGACAACUAAUGUCACAUGUCAUGGUAACGAGUCUAGUAUCAACCAGUGUAGCCAUGUUGGAUUUGGGAAUGUAAAAGAAUGCAAAGGGAAGCAUUAUGCUGGGGUGCUAUGCUUUGACAGAGAAGGUGUAUACUACCGUUUAGCUGGAGGAAAUGAUAGAUCUGGUCGUGUAGAGGUAUCUGUCCAUGGAGAAUGGGGAACAAUCUGUGAUCACUACUGGGACCAGUACGAUGCUGACGUAUUCUGUAGACAGCUAGGGUUUAACACAGGAGAUUCCUACUAUGGUGACAAUCUACCUCCUGGUUCAGGGACACAGUGGGAUGGUAAAAUACACUGUUCUGGGAAGGAAGAAAGUCUUGACAUCUGUCCCCAUGAAGGAUGGGUUGUUGGAAACUCUAGAUUCUGUCUGGGUCAUAAAGAUGAUGCUGCUGUUAUGUGUUAUACUAAUGUUAAGCUAUACAAAGGAUACACCCCAGGUAGUAGCAAUGGAGCUGUAUUAUACUACCACAACAGGACUUGGUUACGUGUGUGUGACACAGGCUUCACGGACAUGUCGGCUAGAGUGGUGUGUGAGGAGUUAGGUUAUACUGAUGGACAGGCCAUUUGUUGUUCAGCAUUUGGUAAAACCAGUGAACCUGUAUUGACCAAUUACACACUCAGAUGUACUGGUAGGGAGAAAUCUGUUACAGAAUGUUUACGGGAAGAGCAAUGUGAAUCUGAGCAGUAUGCUUCAGUGAUGUGUUUUAAUGAGACAAAGAUACCUGAUAAAGAAAAAUAUACCCUGAAGUUACAAGAUAGAAACAAAGGUCAGGUAAUUGUGACACAUCUAGGUGCCACUGGUAGGAUAUGUGGUAAAAACUGGGAUGAUGUUGAUGCUGGUGUGUUCUGUAGAGAACAGGGAUACAGACAUGGUAUAGCCUACAAACAUGAUGAACAGUCUACCUCAGAGAGUUCUAGGGGUCCCUAUUGGCUGAGUGACUUUAACUGUACAGGAGAAGAGAAGGCACUACUUGACUGUCCUCAUCAAUCUAGGAUGUCAUUAGGAAACUGUACUGAUACACAUAUUGCUUCAGUGUUGUGCUUUAAGGAUGAAGGAAUAAAGUAUUAUAUGAGUGAUGGUGGCUCUCAUUAUGGCAGAGUCGAGAUAUCAGUUGGUGGCAUCAAUGGCACAAUCUGUGAUGCUGGAUGGGACAAUAAAGAUGCUUCUGUAUUUUGUCGUCAGUUUGGAUUCACUGAGGGUGUGGCAUUGCCUAGUGCCACUUAUGGACAGGGUCGUGGACCUAUAUGGCUAAGCCAUCUUCAAUGUAAUGGAAAUGAGAAAAAUCUUCACCAAUGUCCACAUCGAGGCUUUAAUGAUCAGUUCUCUGAGAGUAACUGGAUACUGUCCAUCAUAUGUGAUUCUCAUCGAGAUGAUGCUUCUGUAUUUUGUUAUAAAAAUGUUCGUCUUAAUGAAGGACAUGAUGCCAGGAUGGGAGGAGUAGAAUACCAUCGUGAUGGGGAGUGGUAUAGUAUUUGUGAUGAAGGAUUUGAUGACCAAGCUGCUAGGGUAACAUGUAGAAGUCUGGGAAAUAACUUUACUGAUGGUCUGGCCAUUAAAGGCUCAGCGUUUGGCAAGAUUAAAGGACAGACUUUAAUCUCUGAUCUGAGAUGUAAUGGAAGAGAAUCUGACCUGUCUGAAUGUAAAAUGAAGUUUAAUACCACUACCUGCACUGCAUAUGCUUCUGUAUACUGUAGUAAUACAACUAUAGAAAAGAAAGGAUUUGCACCUAGAAUUGCCUCAGAUAGUUUAGCCAGUACAGUUCAUGGUAUCCUAGAGGUCAGAGUUAAUGGUGUAUGGGGACGUGUCUGUAUGCAGGACUGGGACGAUCGUGACGCCAAUGUCACAUGUAAAGAACUAGGUUAUGCUGGAGGUGUGGCUUACUUGCAUAUUAUGAAGAAUAGAAAGCCAAUAUUAAUGAGAGGUGUGAAAUGUACAGGCCUGGAGAGUUCUCUAGCUGAUUGUGUUCAGUCACAGAAGGCUGACCUAGAUUCUUGUAGCUUUAAUUCAAAUGAUGCUGGUGUAUUGUGUUACAAUUCCACAGGUAUACAGUACAGAUUACAGGGAAGUAAGAACCCCUCCGUGGGCAGAGUAGAAAUCAGUUACGAUGGAUCGUGGGGGUCAGUCUGUUCAUGGUCAUGGAAGACUGCUGAUGCCAAGGUCAUGUGUAAACAACUUAAUUACACAGAUGGUAUAGUCAACUACAAUGUCAACAAAUCUCUCAAAUCAUUACCUCGGUGGAUUACAGGAUUUUUCUGUCAGGGUUCAGAGGACACUAUGAUGACGUGUCUGAAUACAGGAUUUAAUUCUUCAUUCUUAGACGAUCUUUGUAUGAGGAGAACAGAUGAACCAGGGGCUUACACAGAAUGUUUUAAUGAGACUGUUGAGCCAACACAGAUCCGUUUGAUGAAUGGUAAAGACAAAUACUCAGGGCGGGUGGAAGUGUAUGUGAAGGGACCAAAUAAAUGGGGUACAGUAUGUGAUGAUUUCUGGAAUGACCAGGCUGCCAGUGUAGUGUGUCGACAACUCAACUUUACUGGUGGGACUGUGGUCCGAGGAGGGAAAUUUGGAACUGGAUCUGGUCCCAUUUGGUUUGACAAUGUGAAGUGUAAAGGGACAGAAGAAUCCCUAUAUAAGUGUGGACACAGAGGGAUAGGUACACAUAACUGUAACCACACUGAGGAUGUUGGAGUUAUAUGUAUGGCUCCACCAAUACCAACAAUAGUGGUUACAAGUACAGCUGCUCCAACAACAUCAACAACAGCUACAACUAAAACAACAGUUCAAUCUACAACAACAAAAACAACUACACAAAGUUCAACAACUAGGACAACAAGUACUCAGAAACCAACACCAUCCCCAACGACAACAAGAACAACAACUACUACAACUCAACCAUCUUCUACAUCAACAAGAGCCACAACUACAAAACCAACAACUACCAGGACAACUAGCACAUCAACAACAACUAAAACAACUGUUAUUAUUCCAGAUACAACAACACAUUCUAAUGUGACUGUCAUUCCAAGUAAACAACAAAAAUCUGAAAAUAAUCUUGGUGUAGUGAUAGCAGUGCCGAUCGUCAUACUUGUGAUCAUUUUGAUAGCAAUACUUGUUGUCUUUAUUGUAAGGAUUAGAAGACUCAAACGAGGUGUUCCACAUGAACGAUUCCAUGAUGAUAUUAUAGAAAACAACCAAGACAGUCUUGGUAUGAAUAAUCAACUGUAUGAUCUAAGCCUACAGCCAACAGGCAAUGGUUAUGCAGAAGGUUCUCGUCCAUCUCAAGAGGGAGAUAAAUUAAAAUUAUCCAAAAAUGGAAAUGCAUAUUAUGCUAAAAAUGACAGUUUUAGUAAUGAUGCAUCUUCGAACUCAUUUGCUAAUCCUUUAUAUGGUAAUGCUAGUAUGGAAACAAAUGUAGAACAAAAAGAAAUAGAUUUACUUAAUGACAGUUCUACGGCUUAACAGUGCUGUGUUAUAUAAAUAAUGUCAAAUAAGUGCUUGAUAUUGGUGCAGUUCUUUUACCCAAGGGUUGAAGGGGAUAGUACUGGCGAAGGCAUCGUAAAAUACAAAUGUACUGUCAGGUUUUGUGGCAUGCUUUAAAGAUGGUAAAUAGAACAUAUGAAUAUCAAGGAAAGUAUGUAGGGUUAUAUAUACCAUCGAACAUUGUAAGUUGCAACUUCAUUAAAAAUGAUUCAUGGCGUUCAAGUAUUUUUUCUUAUGUAUUCAAACUGUAAAACUGUUUAAACUAAUUUCUCUUUUAUAAAAAGUGGACACUGUGUCAGUGGUGCUAUAAAAGUUUCCCUAAUUGUUGAAUUUUUUAUAAUAAUGUUUGAUAUGUAUAAGAACAUAAAAUACAUUGAGUCGUUAAAAAUCAUUACAAGCUCACAUGACAUGUUUAACAGGCAGAUUUUUACAUUAUGCAUUUAUUGGAGUUAUUUUUUGGCAAUGUUUCAGAUUGAAAACAUAUCCCUCCUCAAAGGCUUAACUAAUAUAGUAUUUUUAUAUCACACUGUAUAAUCGUGAUAAUGGUUAAAUCUUAUAAUCGUGAUAAUGGUUAAAUCUUAUAAUCGUGAUAAUGGUUAAAUCUUAUAAUCGUGAUAAUGGUUAAAUCUUAUAAUCGUGAUAAUGGUUAAAUCUUAUAAUCGUGAUAAUGGUUAAAUCUUAUAAUCGUGAUAAUGGUUAAAUCGUAUAAUCGUGAACAUGGUUAAAUCUUAUAAUCGUGGUAAUAGUUAAAUUUUAUAAUCGUGAUAAUGGUUAAAUCUGAUAAUCAUGAUAAUGGUUAAAUCUUAUAAUCGUGAUAAUGGUUAUAUCAUUGUUUUCUGUGUGUUUGUUGUAGCUUCAGAAUAAAACAACAAAAUGUUUCAAAUCACUAAAAUAUAAAAUAAAAAUAAGUGCAAUUCUUUUGGAUAGUACCAUUUGCACGUAAAGUAUCCAAAUUAGAAUAUUUGAAUUCCUUUCUAUUUAAAUGAUUCUUUUCGCCUUUUUACCAAGAUUUCCAUUUUUUUUCAGUUCUUGAAAUUUUUCAUCAUUAUUGACUGUCUUUAGCUUUGUUACAUGUUCAAGAAUUUAUAAUUUUUUUUAAGUUUGUACGCAAUAUCACCCCAAGUUUAAAAGCCUAACACAAUACACUAUAUGUAUGACUUACAAGUGCUAAAAUAACCUUUAUUUAUUUUUAUUUUAUCUGAUAGAUGCAUUUCUUUAAAUCCAUCGGCAGAUCCUUGGGGGCCCGGGCUACCCCUUUAGUGGGAAAAAUUUGGUUGAUUAUAUAGGGAAUCACUGAAGCAUGACUGGAGCGGGCCCCCUUAUGAUCCUGGAUCCGCCUCUGAAAUCUUUAAUUUAAUGCUUCUCAAAUUCUUCAUGUUCUUGUCAUAUAUCAUUGUAAGAAUGUAUGAAAUAUGAUAAAUAAUCACAUUGUUAUAUCCUAAUGUUAUUGAUCUUCAAGCAUGGCCAAAACAAGUUAUCUAUGUGAUGAUUAUUUUGCUUUGCCAAAAAUAUAUUUUUUCACAAUGUCUGAUUGUCAUCAUCUUUUUUAAACCAUGUUUGAUCAUAUAUUAUUUAUAUUUGAAUGUUAUUAUUUCUAAUUUGUGUAAUAGGGUUCGAUAUUCUUUUUGGUGAAAUUAUUAUUAUAAUUAUCGAUCACCAAGGAAUAGUUUUUUACAUUAAAUGUUAUAAGUUGAAUAAUAUUACGUAUUGAUUUUAGUGUUGUCAAUUGUAAGAUAGACUGAAUGAAAAGGUAGGAGUAUGAUUAGUGUAAAAACUUAAUAUGUUUGAAGCAGUACAUUGAAUUAAAUAAAGGUCACCAUAAUUUUUAGUGAAAGAAGAAAACAUAUUUUAAUUCAUAGAGAAACAAAGAAAACUAAGAUGAAUUAUUCAAAAAGAGGUUUUCUUAGCGUGUAGAGAGCAUAAUGUCAGAUUAAGAUAUAAUAAAGAGUAAACAUGCUUUAAAAGGACACAAUAAAUAAAGUUUAUUGUGUGCAAGAAACAUUUUGUUUAAUGGUAAAUGAAAGUGUGUUUCUCAAUACACAAUAAGUGUCAUUAGCAAGCCUAUCACACAAGUUCCAAGAUAAGUUUUGAAACUCUUUCCCUAUGUGUUACUCUUUUAUAAAACAUUUAGUUGGUUCUUUGUUUUGUGUUUUCUUUAAAGUUAACAAGCAUGAAAGUCAUGAUAGUAGGUUCAUUACUUUUUGGAAAUUAGUUUGACAUAGGCGGAUCCAGGUGGCCCUGGGGGAAUUUGGUUGAUUAACGGUAUAUAGGGAAUCACUGAAGCAGGACUGGAGCCCCCUUAGGUCAGUCAUCAGCCCCCCCCCCCCCCCCCCCUUUUUACAAAAAGUUCUGGAUCCACCACUACUUGACUCCUCACAUUUAUUUUUAAUUUAAUAAACAGGAAUCUGAAUUAACAAUCCACUAUGAAUAAUUGCCUCUUCCAAAAAAACAGAUGUAAUUUGUCAUAAAUAUUAAAGUCUUUAGAAGCAGAGCAUUACUUGUGACUAUGUACCCAAAAGAAUUAUACUGCAUAAUGACCACCAAUAAUCCUAUCUUAAAAUUUGAGAACAAUGGUCUUCUGUUAGUAGAUACCACAGGCAUAUUAAGGUUGUUUGAUGAUUUAGUUGUGUACUGUGUCGUAAUGUUGAUGUGUAUUUUUUAAACAGAAGUACAUCUUAGCUAUGGUUGUUUGACGAUUUAAUUGUGUACUGUGUCGUAAUGUUGAUGUGUAUUUUUUAAACAGAAGUACAUCUUAGCUAUGGUUGUUUGACGAUUUAAUUGUGUACUGUGUCGUAAUGUUGAUGUGUUUUUUUAACAGAAUUACAUCUUAGCUAUGGUUGUUUGACGAUUUAAUUGUGUACUGUGUCGUAAUGUUGAUGUGUUUUUUUAACAGAAUUACAUCUUAGCUAUGGUUGUUUGAUGAUUUAGUUGUGUACUGUGUUGUAAUGUUGAUGUGUUUUUUUUAAACAGAAGUACAUCUUAGCUAUGGUUGUUUGACGAUUUAGUUGUGUACUGUGUUGUAAUGUUGGUGUAUUUUUUAAACCAUUAGUACAUGAUAAGUAUGGUUGUUUGACGAUUUAGUUCUGUACUGUUUUGUAAUGUUGGUGUAUUUUUUAAACCAUUAGUACAUGAUAAGUAUGGUUGUUUGACGAUUUAGUUCUGUACUGUUUUGUAAUGUUGGUGUAUUUUUUAAACCAUUAGUACAUGAUAAGUAUGGUAGUAUGGUAUGUAUCCCAUUAAUGAAUGACAUAUUCAGUGAUUUGUUGAUAUUUUUAUGAAAUCAUUAUAUCAUAUUGUAGUCAUGUGAUAACCAUUAAAUCUGUCUCAUUAUA